GCAGGAGAUGCCAACAUAGUCUCAAGUGCCCACCUGAUCCAAGAAGCUCACUCCUCACCAGCAUCCCUCUCCAACCCAUUGUCCAGUCCAAUCCAUGUCUGAAGAGUUGGCUUCGGGAAUGGUUCCUGUCCUGGGCCAACAGAAGGAUGGCACAAAAGAAAUAUCUUCAAGCAAAAUUAACCCAGUUUUUAAGGGAAGACCGAAUCCAACUUUGGAAACCUCCGUAUACAAAUGAAAAUAAAGAAGUUGGCUUGGCAUUGAAGGACCUUGCUAAGAAAUACUCUGACAAACUAGAAUGUUGUGAAAAUGAGGUAGAAAAAAUAAUAGAAGAAAUACGGCAGAAAGCAAUUGAACGUGGAACAGGAAAUGAAAAUUACAAAACAACAGGAAUUGCUACAAUCGAGGUAUUUUUACCUCCAAGACUAAGAAAAGACAGGAAGAGCUUGCUGGAGACCCGAUUGCACGUCACUGGCAGGGAACUGAGGUCCAAAAUAGCUGAAACCUUUGGAUUUCAAGAAAAUUACAUCAAAAUUGUCAUAAAUAAGAAACAGCUUCAACUAGGGAAAACACUGGAGGAGCAGGGAGUGACACACAAUGUGAAGGCCCUGGUGCUUGAACUGAAGCAGUCUGAAGAGGAUGCGAGAAAGAACUCCCAGGUAGAGGAAGAAGAACAAAAUGAAGCUGAACUAAAAGAGAAAAGAAUGCAGAGGACCAAGAGAGGACUGGAAAUACUGGCCGAGAGAGCUGAGAUGGUGGUGGAUCCAGAAACUACCCCUUACUUAGACAUAGCCAACCAGACAGGCAGAUCAAUCAGGAUUCCCCCCUCAGAGAGAAAAGCCCUUAUGUUAGCUAUGGGAUAUCAUGAGAAGGGCAGAGCUUUCCUGAAAAGAAAAGAAUAUGGAAUAGCAUUGCCAUGUCUGUUGGACGCUGACAAGUAUUUCUGUGAGUGCUGCAGAGAACUGCUGGACACAGUGGAUAACUAUGCAGUGCUCCAGCUGGAUAUAGUGUGGUGCUACUUCCGCUUGGAGCAACUGGAAUGCCUUGACGAUGCAGAAAAAAAAUUAAACUUGGCCCAGAAAUGCUUUAAAAAUUGCUAUGGAGAAAAUCAUCAGAGACUGGUCCACAUAAAAGGAAAUUGUGGUAAAGAGAAGGUAUUGUUCUUAAGACUUUACUUGCUUCAAGGUAUCCGAAACUAUCACAGUGGAAAUGGCGAAGAGGCUUGCGAGUAUCUCAACAAGGCACGUCAGCUCUUUAAGGAGCUAUACAUUGAUCCAUCAAAAGUUCAUAAUUUGUUGCAGCUGGGAUUCACGGCACAGGAAGCCCGGCUGGGCCUGAGGGCAUGUGAUGGGAAUGUGGACCAUGCAGCCACCCAUAUCACCAACCGCAGAGAGGAAUUGGCCCAGAUAAGGAAAGAGGAAAAAGAGAAGAGACGACAACGCCUGGAGAACAUCAGCUCUUUGAAAGGAAUGGGCUACUCCACACAGGCAGCCAAGCAGGCCCUUCGCCAGGCCAGUGGGGACCUGGAUGGAGCCCUGAGGAUUCUUCUCAGUAAUCCCCACAUGUGGUGGUUAAAUGAUUCAGAUCCUGAACCCAGCAGUCCUCAGGAAAGUCCUUCCCAGGAGAAUAUUAACCAACUGGUAUACAUGGGCUUUGAUGCCGUUGCUGCCGAAGCAGCGCUGAGAGUGUUCCGGGGAAAUGUCCAGCUGGCAGCCCAGACCCUUGCGCACAAUGGCGGGAAUCUUCCUCCUGACCUGCAGCUCUCAGCAGAAGAUUCUUCAUCAACGCCAUCCACAUCCCCUUCCGGCUCUGCAGGUACUUCUAGUGGCUCGACAGAUGAAGAUAUGGAGACAGAGGCGGUCAACGAAAUACUGGAAGAUAUUCCAGAACAUGAAGAAGAUUAUCUCGACUCAACCCUGGAAGAUGAAGAAAUUAUCAUUGCAGAGUACUUAUCCUAUGUGGAGAACGUAAAGUCUGCAGCAAAGAAAGACUAAACGAUGGACAGAGAUAGGUACUAAAAGUUUCUGCUUAUAAAUUCUAUCAUUGUGAACAGUCUAAGCAGAUCUUGUUUUCUUCUUAUUUUUCAUCUGCUUUUGCCACAAGAGUAAUUCCUACUUGGGUGUGGGGCAGGCGAGGAGCAGCGGUGAGGGGUCCUGGCCGGUAAUGGGUGGUCGUGGGGAAACAGCUGCCUCCAGCCUGACUCUUGCUGUUUCUUCUGCCUUCGGGUUCUGUGCCCCUCACUCCACCCUCCCUGCUUGGCUUCUUCUCACCCAGAAAUGGGACGGCGCUGGGGCCAGGUUGGUGCUGGAGAAUGGGGUGGUCACUGCCGAAGGCCUUCAGGGGCAGGUUAUGGAGGGAGUGUGUCCUGGGUCUGCUGCCUCCCCUUCGUCCUGUCCAGCCUUCCUGCCCGCUGGGGCCCGCGGUAGAUUCUGCUCCUUGUUCCCAUGGUGCAGCCUCUCCUUGUCAGCCCCACAGCUUCCUGCCCACCCUUACCACCUGCCCCUAAAACUGACCUUUCAGUCUUCAGUCACUCCAGGCACUUAAAACAUUGCUUUAUGCUCUUUGUUAUAGUAAAAUACGCACUUGAAAUAUAAGGUUGAAAUUUUGAGUUUAUUUAAAAUUGCUCUUUACAAAAAAAAUCUCAUUAAAUGGGAAAGUCACGAAUGUGAACCAGAGCAACUACUGUUCUUGUUUGUUUGCUUUGGUUCAGACCUUCAUUCUCUCAGGAGGUAGACAUAAUGGUUUCUUUUUUUUUCCAAUAUUUUACUGUGGUUUCGGUGAAGGUUUACACAGCAGGUUAGGUUCCUGUUGAACAAUCUCUACACAGAUUGUUCGGUGACAUUGGUUAAAUUCUUCAAACUUCUUAGAGUGAACAGUUUUAGAUUCUAGUUGUCAAAAUGAGCUCCUUGCUAGGUCAGAUGCCUCUCAGGGAUUCUGAUACCUUUUCUCCAAGGCUUUGUAGGUUUUGGUAUAUGUAUUACAGAAGACUGUUUCUAAGGGUGUUAAAUUUUCAGGGCACAGGUCUGCAGUCUCACUGCACCACGCAUUCCCUAGUAGAUGGGAGUUAAGUGGAAAUCAGCUCCAGCACCUAGGACACACUGGCAGCAACCAGGUGCUGAAUGAAUCAAGUGCAAGAUUUAUUACUGAGCCCACCUGCUCUCGCAAAAGCCACUGGAAGCCCCUAUGGCUGAGGGCAGAAUGUGCCAGACUGUUGCUGUCAAAGGGCUGAAGUAAUUCAACUUUUUCAAUUGAAAAAGUUUGGGUGGGUGGAAAUCUUUCCCUUUUUUUAUUUUUAUAAUGUGUUUUAUUUUUGUUGUUGAUAAUAUACAGAGCAAAAAAUACACGAAUUCAGCAGUUUCUACAUGUACAAUUCAUUGACAUUGGUUACAUUCUUCGAGUCGUGCAACCAUUCUCACCCUCCUUUUCAGAGUUGUUCCUCCCCUAUUAACAUAAAUUCUCUGCCCCCAACGAUUCCUCUGUAAUCUUUCCAGUUGCCCUUGUCAAUUUGAUCCAUAUACCCAAAACCCAUUGUCACUGAGUCGAUUCCAACUCAUAGCAACCCUAUAGGACAGAGUAGAACUGCCCCAUACAGUUUCCAAGAGUGGCUGGUGAAUUCAAACUGCUGACCAUUUGGUUAGCAGACAAGCUCUUAACCACUUUGCCACCAGAGCUCCUGAUCCCAGAUAGAUAGAUCUGAAAAGUGCAUAAUGCUCAAGGCAGACGUUCUUUACUAGUUAAGCCAAACUAUUAUAUGAUUUUAAGAAGACUUUAAGAGAUAUUUUCGGUUUAAGGUUUAAAGAUUAUCUCAGGGCAGUAGUUUCAGUUCCAUCCAGCCUCCAUGGCUCCAGAAAGCCUGGGGUCCAUAAGAAAUUGAAACUCUGUUCUGCAUUUCCCCCUUUUGAUCAGGAUUCUUCUGUAGAAUCUUUGAUCAAAAUGUUCAGUAAUGGUAGCCGGGUACCAUCCAGUUCAUCUGAUCUCAUGGUGAAGGAGGCAGUUGUUCAUGGGGGCAAUUAGCCACACAUCCAUUUCCUCCUCCUAUUCCUGACUCUGCUUCUUCCUCUGUUGCUCCAGGCGAAUAGAGACCAAUUGUGCCUUGGAUGGCCCUUUGCAAGCUUUUAAAACCCAGGUACUACGCAACUAACUAGGAGGUAAACAGAAGCACUGAGCAUGUUACUAGGCCAGUUAACUGGGAUGGUCCAAGAAACCAUGACUGCAAACCUCCAAACCAAGGAACGAAAUCCCAUGAGGCGUUUGGUUGUGUAUAAGCAGCUUCAGCAGUUACUCUUUUUUUUUGUCGUUGUUGUAAAUAUAUCUCACAACUUUGCCAGUUCAACUUUUCGCAGGUGUAUAAUGUACUGAUAGCAAUUACAGUAAUCGGCUGUGCAACCCUACCCUUAAUCAUUGCAGUUUUUCCAUCACCGUAACCAAAACUCAGUACUCCACAGGCCAUAACCUCCCUUCCCUGUUCCCUCCCACCCCUGGUAACCACUAAUAAACUGGUCUCUCUA